AUGUCUCUGUCUCAAUUCGUCUCAGACCAAUACACCAAACUCCCUAUAAUUCCAACUCCAGCCCUCUGCGCCAACAAAACCUUCAUAGUCACCGGCUCAAACACCGGCCUAGGGUUUGAAGCCGCAAAACAUCUCGUAUCUUUCUCCCCAUCUCGCGUGAUCCUCGCCGUACGCACCCUCAAAAAUGGUGAAGCCGCCAAGUCCAAAAUAGAGGCCGAAACUGGGAAGAAGGGAAUCGCAGAAGUAUGGCAACUUGACCUAUCUUCUUACGACUCCGUUAAAGCUUUUGCAAAGAAAGUUCAGGGAUUGGAUAGGCUGGAUGCCAUCAUUGAGAAUGCCAGUGUAGCGUUGGCAGUUUGGGAACCUGCUGAGGGAUUGGAAACAACUUUAACGGUCAAUGUCACAAGCACAUUUCUAUUGGCUGCGAUGGUUUUGCCGAAGUUGAAAGACACAGCGAGAAAAACUGGAGAGAAGACACAUUUGACAGUCAUCGGGAGUGGUGUUGCCUUUAUGGUUCCGGGUAGGUUGGAAAAAGUUGAAGGCGACAUUCUGGAUUCGAUGGGAAAAAAGAAUAAUUCGGUAAUGCCUGACAGAUAUCAGGAGUCUAAGUUGCUGCAGCUGUACGCCGUUCGACAACUUGCCUCUCUCAACCCAGUGUCUAAAACCGGCGUCAUAAUAAAUUACAUUAACCCUGGUCUUUGCUAUUCCGAAUUAACUCGAAACGCACCCUUUAUUCUUAGAACCCAGAUAAACCUUAUGAGACUGUUUUUUGCUCGGAGCACGGAAGUUGGUAGUCGGACAUUAUUAGCAGGGGCUUUCGCCGGAGAGGAGUCGCAUGGAAAGUAUAGUUCGGAAUGUGUGGUAAAAGACCACUAUGUUCCAGAGUGGAUGACCAAUGAAUCCGGGAGGCGAAUCCAACAGCGGGUAUGGGACAGUUUGACGAAUAAGUUGAACACUAUCCAGCCAGGUUGUGUCUGA